AUAGAGUUUUUGAAAAUGAGAAAUGUGUCGACGUGAAGUGCGUGGACCAGCUUUCAUGGCAUUUCUCUCGGUCAUUGCAACUAUGAUGGGCUUAGUCCAGGGUCAGCAGCCGGUGAUGUCCUUGCCCCUGGAUGAGUCCACUCCGCAGCAGCGCCUGCCGCCGAGUUACGUGAAGGGAGUGCUCAGCCUGAAGAGCAGUCUGCUGUCCAAUAAGCCGGCCUUGGGUUACGGCUCUAAUCAGCAGCAGGUGGAGAACAGCGUUCCCGUUGCCGGAAUCAGACCCGGCAUGAGGUACACACCCCAGUUGGAUGUGCAGCAGCCACAGAGUCCGCAGAGCCAGCAGCCGGUUCAUCAGGAGAUUCAGGUUGAGUCUUUAGCCAAUCUGAGGCCAUCUGCGCUAGCUCACCGACCCCUUCAUCACUCCCAGAUGCCGCCGGUCAAGAUGAGUAGAUACAACCAGGAGUUCCCGGCCGCCCACCUCUUCCAGCCGCCCUUUGUUCCGCUGCCCAAAAAGCAGGAGUCACAGGAUGCCCCGCCAACUGCCGAACAACUGGAGUUGCUGCAACAGUUGUCCGAGUUUUUUGGCCAACGGCAGCAGGGGCAACAACAGGUGCAACAUGUGCAACAGCAGGAGGUCAUGAACUGUGGCACUCAAAUGGAUCAAAAUGAAGGAAAAGGACUUGGAAUCUGCGAUGUGGAGUCGACUACCGAUUGCUGUGAUACCACAAAGGAGCCAAAUAAAAAUGAGGAGGAGGAUUCGGUUUCGGUGGAUGUGAAGAACAAGGAGCCGCAAGAGACCACCACCACUACAGCACGGCCGAAGCCUCCGGUGGCAGCCAAAACAAAGGCCACUAAGCCAAGUAUCACCAAGACCACCACCCAUAAACCCCAGACGACGCGUACUACCAAAGGAACUACCAUAAAACUGCCCUGUUGCCCUAAACCCAGGAAUCAAGGCAUUGCAGAGUCUCCCAAUGUGAUAAGCUUUUCGCUGAAUAUUCAAAAUGAUAAUGCCGAGCAGGCAAAGUCCCUGCAACAGCUACCUCGAAGUGGUCGACAUGUCAUUCAGCCUGAUUUACGUAUAAAUGCUAUAACCAACUUACUGCGAUAUCGCAGAAAAAUAGCUCAUGGUAUUGCCCCUUAUCCAAAACCUUUUUCCUUAUUAAAAGAUCAAGAAACGCAGAUACAGAUUCGUACAAAACGAAAGAAAGAUAAGAUCCUGGACAAAAAGCAGCUACUUCAAGCUGAGCUAAAAAUCUGGCCCAUUAGCAUACGGUCCAAAUUGGUAGAACGUUUACACUGACUUGAGAAUGAAUAUAUUUUGUAAAGAU